CAGCAGAGUCCGCAUGCGCACAACUGCCUCCCCUUCUCGCGGGGCGCAUGCACCCAUCUCCGCCCUUCAGCAGGGCGCGCAUGCGCACAGCUGCCUCCCCGCCUCAGGGAGCGCAUGAUUCCCGUCCGCAGCGCCCGGGCGCUGACACCUUCGCAAGCAACUACAAGCCCCACAAUGCAAAGCGCCGAGGCGGGCCGACCACCAUCUUCUCCCUGAGUUCGGUCAAUCAGCCACCGGGCCUGGGUGUAAGCCACUCCGCGUGGGCGGCUAGGCGGCCCGGGCCGCGCUCUCCCGGCGCGCGGCCAUGGCGGUGGCGGCGGCGCUGGGCGCGGGGCUGGGCGCGGCGCUGGCGCUGCUGGCCUGGCGCUACCUGCGGGGCGCGGCGGCGGCGGCGGUGGGGGCCGGCGACGGUGACAUGCGGGGCAAGACGGUGAUCAUCACAGGAGCCAACAGCGGGCUGGGCCGGGCCACGGCGGCCGAGCUGCUACGGCGCCGCGCGCGGGUCAUCAUGGGCUGCCGCGAUCGCGCCCGGGCCGAGAGCGCCGCCCGCGACAUCCGCGCCGAGCUGGGUCCCUGCGCCGCCGGUUCCGCACACGACGGCGACCUGCUGGUGCGGGAGCUCGACCUCGCCUCGCUGCGCUCCGUGCGCCGCUUCUGCCACCGGGUGCUGCAGGAAGAGCCAAGACUGGAUGUUCUGAUCAAUAACGCAGGAAUAUUCCAAUGUCCAUACAUGAAGACAGAAGAUGGUUUUGAGAUGCAAUUUGGUGUUAAUCACCUGGGUCAUUUCUUGCUCACCAACCUCCUCCUUGGCCUUCUCAAAAGUUCUGCCCCAAGCAGGGUUGUGGUUGUUUCUUCCAAGCUUUACAAAUACGGAGAGAUAAACUUUGACGAUUUGAACAGCGAAAUGAAUUACAAUAAAAGUUUUUGCUACUCUCGUAGUAAACUGGCUAAUAUACUGUUCACCAAGGAGCUAGCCCGCCGGUUGGAAGGCACAGGGGUCACAGUAAAUGCACUUCACCCUGGUAUUUGCAGAACCAAUCUGGGUAGACACGUGAAUGUUCCUUUGUUGGCCAAGCCCCUGCUCAGUUUUGUGUCAUGGGCUUUCUUCAAAACCCCAUUGGAAGGAGCCCAGACUUCCAUUUAUUUAGCUUCCUCUCCUGAUGUAGAAAGUGUAUCAGGGAAAUAUUUUGGUAACUGCAAAGAGGAGGAGUUGCUGCCUAAAGCCAUGGAUGACUUGGUUGCAAGGAAACUGUGGGAUAUCAGUGAAGUGAUGGUUGGGCUAUUAAAAUAAGUAAUUAGGAGGCAAUCCUAAUCCUGAAAUCUUACAACCUUGAUGCUUCCUGGAGCAAUAUAUUCCCCCUUUCAGUGGUGUGCAAUAAAAAUUACUUUCAAAUCUGUAAGUAUAGUUAAUAUGAGUAAUGUAUACAGGAGCUCAAUUUUAAGAUAGAGAAUAUUAUUUUGAAGCUAGCUAUUCAAAAGAAAUACAGAGCUAGAGUCUGAGAUUUUGAAUAUAUUUCUUCAUUAAAUCUCUUCUGUAUUUAACUUAUACUAUACAUAACAAUAAUAAAAAAGCUCUCCUUUGUGAUGUAUACAUUGUAUAUGCUUACUGUGAUAGACUACUUGAAGUCAAAAUUGACAAUGCAGGAUGUGGCUUUUGCUAUUUUUUGUGUUACGAAAUGAUAAAAACCCUCUUCUCAUAUGGAAAGCAAUGCUAUCUUUUAGCCAUUCUGGCUGAAAGAUUUCACUGAUGAGUUGCUGGCAUUCUGCUCUGAUACUCUAGGCCGCCAAAUACUGCUUUAUAUCACAAAGAUUCCUUUCCACAACUAACUGCUUCAUUGGUUGCCUGAACAAGAAUCGUGUUGAGUUCAACUUAAGCUGCAGGGCAAAAGUCACAGGUCUCGAAAAUACCCUAGUUGGAGUAGUUUUGCAACUGGCAUUCGCUUAAUAUUAUAUUUUUAUUAUAUAGUAGGGACAAUCUUAUUUGGGUUAAUUCUGCCUUGUGUUGUUGUGUACAAAAGUCCCAAUUCUGCAAAAAACCAUGUGCUGGUAGACGAUGCAGCAUUGAUUUCAGCAGGGCUUUCCACGAGUGAAGUGUGCAGUACCUAUGUGAGGUUAAUUGUAGGUUUAAGGUCUAAGGUUAGCCUCAGAGGUCUCUGCUUGUAAAUAUUCUGUGCAUAGACUACUGUUAUUUCAUACUCUAAAGAAAUGUGGAUAAGGCUCAGUCGAAUAUGGACAAUGAAUCUUUCUGAGAAAUGCACACUGACUGAUGAAGCGAUUCAACAGCACUGAUGCGUACACUAAAAAUACCAUCCAGAAACUUGUGCACACUGGAAACUCCAUAACUAACAACUCCUCCUUUGUAGGCCUCUAGAGUCUCUACUAUGCAGAUGUAAAAGAGUGAAUGUAGGCCAAAAUAAAUAAAUGGAUAUUACAUAAAAAUGUCUCAUUUUUAAAAUGAAAAAAGCUUCCUCUUGUUUAUGGUGUAUUCGUUAUAAAUUCUAAUUUACUGCUAUUUGAUGGUAUAAUUUAAUGAGUAUAAAUAAAAUGCUGCUACACGUUU